AUGGAUCCUACGAUGGGAACACUGGGAGGUCUGAGCGGCGCAGCCGCUGCAGGCCCUGAGGCGUGGUAUCUGUCGCAGCCUCCAAUCACGCGCGCGAUUGCCACUGCCACCUUUGUAUUGACUCUCUUGACAAACCUGGGGUUGCUGCCUGUAGAGUUGCUGAUGCUAGACUGGAGCCUCGCGAUCUUCAAGCUUCAGAUUUGGCGGCUCUUCACGACGCUGCUCUACGUUGGACGCUUCUCCCUCGGCUGGGUGUUUCAUAUGUAUAUGUGGCUGCAAGUUAGCGGCGAUCUCGAGUCGAACGCAGUCUUUCGCCAGGCUUCCAAGGGGGCCUACCUGCUCUUCGUUCUCAUUGUUACGCUCAUCACCUCCCUGCUGUCUCUCCUCGUCUUUUGGCCUUCAGGCGUGUAUUUCCAUGGGGAAGGUUUGCUCUUCGCUUGUCUCUACUAUUGGUCUCGCCGAGAAGCAUAUACACCUGUUUCAGUCUCCUUCCUCACCGUGCAGGGGUAUCAGCUGCCCUUCCUCCUUUUGCUUUUGCACCUCCUCAUGGGCAGAGACUUGUGGCUAGAUGCGUUUGGUCUGGCAGCAGGGCAUGCGUAUUACUUCCUGAGGGAAAUCCUGCCGGCACAUGGAGGCCCUGAUUUGCUGACUCAAGCCCCAAAGCUGCUGGAUAUGGCGGCUGCAUGCGUUUCGAACGCGCCUCCCCCCCACGGCGGUGGGGGCCCCUCGGGAGGCUCAGGGGGGGCCCCCCGCUUCCGAACGGGAGGAGCCUCAGUGUCUGCGGGGGGGGGAGGCGCAACAACACAUGCGGGGGGGGGAGGCACAGCGUGGGGAGUCCGUCAAAGAGGCUCAACCACUCAACCCUUUUCUGGAAGAGGGUACACGCUGGGAGGCGAAGCGCAGCGAUAG